AUGGCUCGACGAUAUAGACCAGUAUGGGAAGCGGAACCUCAGUUUGCAGGUUGGCUUACAAAUGUGGAGGGACAAGCAUCAAAAGCAUUUUGUAAGCUUUGUAAAUGUUCAUUACAAGCACACAAAAAAGAUUUAUCAAAUCACGCUAACUGCAAAAAACAUCAAGAGGCUUUUAAAUUUUCUCAGCUUGGAAACAGUAGCAAAAAAAUCAACACUUUUUUUAAUAAAAACAUAACUUUUGAAAGAAAAGUAUCGGAACUCAAAAUUGCAGCUUUUAUUGCAAAACAUUGUUCAAUUUUAGCAGCAGAUCAUCUUGGCGUGCUUAUUUCUGCUUUGGACAAAUCAUCUUCUGUACUAAGUGACUUGAAACUCCAUCGUACUAAGUGUGCUGGUCUAAUAAAAAAUGUAAUAUCACCAUGCAUCCUUGAGGAAUUAAUAAAAGAUAUUGGCGACAGCAAUUUUUCCGCAAUAAUAGAUGAGAGCACAUGUGUUGACACGAAAAAGACCCUGUGUAUUAUGAUACGUUACUUUAGUAAAACAACAUUCAAAGUUAAAACGGUGUUUUACACACACUAG